GGCCUCCUCUCCCAUUGGCGGCGCAGAGAGAGAUGCUCCGUCCGCCUCUGUCUCCGCAUGCGCGCUGCGCCCGCUCUGCUUCGCCCCCCCCCCAACGCACCUCAAGCUCUGUCCAAUAGAAGGGAGGAGGGCCCCCGACGCCCCCGCGGACAGGCCUUGCCACCACUGGCGCCAUGAGUGGGAAGUCCCUGCUGCUGAAGGUGAUCCUCCUUGGAGACGGAGGCGUCGGGAAGAGCUCCCUGAUGAACCGCUAUGUGACCAACCGGUUCGACUCGCAGGCCUUCCACACCAUCGGGGUGGAGUUCCUCAACCGGGACCUGGAGGUGGACGGGCGCUUCGUUACACUCCAGAUCUGGGACACGGCCGGGCAGGAGCGCUUCAAGAGUUUACGGACGCCCUUCUAUCGGGGGGCCGACUGCUGCCUGCUGACCUUCAGCGUGGAUGACCGGCAGAGCUUCGAGAACCUGGGCCACUGGCGGAAGGAGUUUGUCUGCUACGCUAACAUCCGGGACCCUGACCGCUUCCCCUUCGUGGUCCUGGGUAACAAGGUGGACAAGCUGGAGCGGGUGGUGGGACCCGAGGAGGCCCGUGCCUGGUGCCUGGAGCAUGGCAACUACCCCUACCUGGAGACCAGUGCCAAGGAUGACACCAACGUGGCUGUGGCCUUUGAGGAGGCUGUGCGGCAGGUGCUCGCCAUGGAGGAGCAGAUGGAGCACUGUAUGAUGGGACACACCAUCGACCUCCGCUCUGGUGCGAAGUCCAGGUCUUCCUGCUGCUGACGGUGGCCCAGCAAUGCACCAUUCCCUCUGGCCAGGGCUGGCGGCCUGAGAGCUGCCCUUGGUGGGACAGGAGAGAGGUGAAUGGGAGCCACCAGAGAGGGUCCGGGGGUUGAGCCACCCAUUCUACCUGUGGCCAGCGGCAACCACGUCUGCUGCUCUUGGGCAGCGCAAGGCGGACUCUUCCCACACCAUCCCCUGAGCCUGAGAUUCUGGAAGAGGCCCAGAGAGAGGACACUGCCAAUAACUUUCCCCUUCUUGUCUCUGCCCUUAAUUAGCCAGGAAAGGGUUGCUGGGAUCCAUGGUGCCCAUUGACCACAAGUUCUCCAGUGUUUGCCCUGCCUGAAAAUUAAGGCCUGGAAAUGGACCAGGGCUGUCCCCCCCCCCCCUCCGUGUCAGGAGUGACUUGCACCAAGUCACAUCUGGUGUGAAAGAAUUGGCCAUCUGCAAGGACGUUGCCCAGGGUACGCCUGGAUGUUUUGAUGUUUUACCAUCCUUGUGGGAGGCUUCUCUCAUGUCCCCGCAUGGAUCUGGAGCUGAUAGAGGGAGCUCAUCCACGCUGUCCCCAGGUGGGAUUCGAACCUGGCAGCCUUCAGGUCAGCAACCCAACCUUCAAGUCACAAGGCUUUAACCGACUACGCCAUCGGAGGCUGUGAGGGCAUAGGCAGACAGAAAGCAUGCAUGAGCCAUAAACUGGUUAACCUGAGUCUGUGGCCUUUGAGUGCUAAGCCCAGGUUUCUCCAUCCUCCUUCAAUGGAGCAGAAGAUGCUGGAUUUUGUGUCCAGGGAGGAAAGCGCAUUGUCACACCAAGGGCCCCUAUAGAGGGGGUCAGUGACCUUAGACUAGCCCUUUCUUGCUAACCACCACCAGACUUGCUGGGGAGCAAGUGAACAGAUUUCCGCCCCCCCCCCCCCCCCUUUGCUCUUUGAGUGACAGUCGGGUGCCCUCUGCUGGGCCCAGCUGGAAACAGCAAAUGCACCUCUGGAUUUGAAGAUUUACGUCUGGAAGGAUUCCCCAUCAGCUCUCUUCAACCCACACAUGCAGAGGAAUGCAGGAUUCGCUGCCCCUCUUCUAGGCCCCUAAGAGUUUUUUCUGCCCUCACGUGGCUCUGUAUGUCCACUGGUCAGGAAGACUUUGGGGUGGGCAUGAUUUUUGCCAGUGGGAGCUGUGGAGAUCCCAGUCGCUUGCUUGCUUCCCCUGCCACCUGCCUCUUUCUACGGAUCUGCAAAUAAGGGUCGAUCUGCUUGAGCUUUACAGGAGCUGGGAAGGGAAAGGCACAAAGCCAGUCUGUAUUUGAGCCAAUAAAAAUGUGAAUGUAACAAAGA